UACACAGUGCAUAAUGUAGGUCAGACUUCAGACAUAAACACACAAAACGGCGUAAUUUUCACUUUAGAAAAUAAUAUAUUUGAUAAAUAUAUGUCGUACAAGUCUAUCAAGUGAUAAAACUAUUCACAGCGUCAUAAGUGAAAUGACCAAAUAAAACAUCGAUAAGAAAUUAUCUAGCGGCGAUAAGUGUUCAUAGUUAUCGCUCAGUACCUGGGCUAGACACGCGGCAAAAUGUUCGCGUUCGUAUUGAUACUCGGGCUAAUAUUACAAAUAAACUGUGCGGACAUCUGUGAUAGUGACAUCUGUCUGUGUAAACGGUACAACAGUGACAAAGAACAGGAGCUGGAAGGUGUACAAGUGGUGUGUGCGCACAAACAAGUCAAUGUGCUACAAAACAACUACACUCUGCCCGAUCUAGCGCACUCGCUGGACUUGUCUUUCAUUAACAUUUCCACCGUACAUUCCUCGCCUCUACUAACAUCCAACGUGCUAGUAGAGUUAAUUCUAAACGACAAUGUAAUCACACACAUCGAUGUCGACAGCUUCCAACUACCAGAACUAAAGAGACUAGACCUAAGUAACAAUCUACUGGAGUUUAUAGACAAAGACACCUUCAAAGGAGUCAAAAAACUAGAAUAUUUAAACCUUGCCAACAACAGGUUCACUACAUUCACAAAGCUUAUGUUCCAUCGCUUAAGCAACCUCAAUGAAAUCAUCCUGGACAACAAUAACUUAGGUCCUGUGCUAAGGAACUCGAAUUUGUUCGACAGAAGUGGUUUCGGACUGACGGACAAGAUCAAAUCGUUGAGUAUAAGUGGCAUCAAUCUGAACCAAGUGCCCGACAACUUCUUUGUCGAUGCCUACGAUAUGCGGCAACUGAUAAUUUCGAACAACAAUAUCAGCCAAAUGUUUGAAAUCCCGAUGACGUUAGAAUACCUGGAUCUAUCAGACAAUCCUAUCACGGCCAUAUUUAGCGAAGACUUUGCUAAUUUAGUUGCAUUGAAGGUGUUGAAACUGAAUAAUUUGCAGAUACAAACUGUCUCUGAGUCUACAUUUGAAUAUCUACCAGCUUUAAAAACUUUAGAACUCGAAAGAAACAGGAAUCUUACUUCGUUCAGCAAGCUAGCUUUUGGCAGGGAACCUUUAGUAGACGCUGACAAUUUCGCCUUAGAAAGAUUGUCCCUAAAAGGAUCGAGAGUGUCCAAAUUAGAUGAAGACUUGUUGACGCCGUUUGGAGUACUGACUGAAUUAGAUUUACAAGGCAACCCUUGGAAUUGUGACUGUCAGAUCGCCUGGGUGAAACAGCUGCAAAUACCAGAGGAAUUAAAUGACCAUUUGAGAUGUGCCACCCCGCGGAAUUUAUUCAACGCACGAAUUUUCGACUUGAAACCAAAGUACUUUUUAUGUAACGAGAAGCACGCUGGUCUCAUCAUAGGCGUGGUGUCGGCGUGUGCGACUUUAGCCCUUAUUGCCUUGUGGAUAUUUAUCUGUUUGCCUAAACGACAGUCCAGGUGCCAAUUCAUUCAAAAUAUGUCGUCAUCCACUGCAGCAUACAGCGUUCUUCCUUUGGCUUCUAGUUAUAACAGUCAUGAUUUUAAUAGGUAGACAUUUUUUUAAUUAGGGUCCUACUAGUAUUAUAAAAUUAUUAUAGAUAUAAAUUUUUAACCCUAUUGCACUUUUUCUACUCUAUAUCUUCUUGAAAUGUUGUUACCAUAUUGUUGAGAGUAUGGAGAAGAAUAUGGGCUAAAUUCAUGCGGGGAAGACCGCGGGUGAAUGCUAGUAUUUAAAAAAGCAUAUUGUCGUUACAAUAGCAUUUAAGUUAGUGUGUAAGCACAGAUAUUUUAUCAUGAACAAAUGCUCUUAUUGUGUUCGAGUUACCAAAUUAUGUGAUCGUCUUAGCUUAAGAUAAAUAUUAGAAAUAAAUAAUGUUAUUAUGUUAUAAAUAAAAGAAUUUGUUACUUUGAUAAUAAAAA